UUCACACGGCAGUUAAAGCAUUUGCUGCGUGCUCUCUCUCUCUCUCACACACACACUGCUUCAAAUUUGAUUGCCCCCCCCCCUUCCAUUUUUGUAAGCUGAUUCUAGUCGUCGUCGUCGAUUGCCAUUGUCCCUUGCUCUCUUUCUACGGAGCUGGAAUUUGUUCAGAGGUCGAAGUUUCUGCAGGCUGCAGUUUGUUUGCUAUUGAAAGGACUCCAAAUUCAGGAAAUUGGAUUGGUUUACUACAGUGUAUUGCGACUUAAUUCAUAUGCAUUUUGUUGAUUGUAAGUUGUAACAGCAGUAAACACGAGAGAUAGAUUAUUGUGAUGAUAUCCGGCGGUUCCAGUAGAGUAGAGAGAGCGUUUAUUGGUGAGAUGCUGGCUAUGGAGUCAUGCCCUUCACGGGUUUUAUCUCAUUUCCGCGAUGAGAGCUGUGAAGAAGAGCUGGCCGUUCUUCCCAGGCAUACAAAGGUUAUUGUCACAGGGAAUAACAGAACAAAGAGCGUUUUGGUUGGUUUGCAAGGAGUAGUCAAGAAGGCCGUUGGUCUUGGUGGUUGGCAUUGGCUGGUCCUGAAGAAUGGUGUUGAGGUCAAGCUUCAGAGGAAUGCUCUGAGUGUAUUAGAACCGCCUACUGGAAAUGAAGAAGACGAUGAAUAUGAUUUUGAUGAUUCAAGCAGUGGCUCUGAUAUGGGGGAAAACCAUCGCCGCUUCUCUUAUGGGCUUCACUUGAGCAAGAAAAACAAGCCAAAAGUUAGGUAUAAUAUGCAGUGGUCUCCCUCCGCACCAACAACAAAGUCGAUGAACCAUAGCAGUUGCAGAGAGAUUCAGUCCAAUUUUCGCGCAACACAGUUGAGAGUUAAUCUGGCAAAACUCGGGAUUGGAUCAUUAUGGAGAUAUUGUCGAAGCUUCCACAUCGCCAGUAUCAGCUCUCACCCUACCAAGGAACAACUCAUCAAAGCUGUCCAGCAGCAUUUUUCUUCACAGAAAGUAGACGAGGUACAAGUGAUUGUGGAGUUUAUUCAUGCGGCCAGGAGACUUCAGUAAGUUGGCAAAGAUUUAUAGAGGCUGUAAUAUAUGGAGCAUGUAUUUAGUAGGUAGUCUACUCUUAUUGACCCUAGCUUUUAGUUUAACCUCUAAUUAUCAAUGUAGAGACUAUGAGUGUGGAUGUCUGGAUUGCUAACCAUGCAAUAGGGGGUUUGGUUUGUUCACUCAAUCUAAUACUACUCCUUGUACAAAAUACAGUAUGACUUUCACUCCAAAGUUGGAUUAAAGAAUUAGAUUAGAUAUCCUACCCCUAAUUAAUUGAGAAUUAAA